AUGCCGUCGCCGGGCUACACAGCCAAAGAGAAGGAGUGGCUCAAGCGCCACUGGGACGGCGAAUUUAAGUUCCUCGCCUCCUAUGGCCUGAGCAUCUACGACGAGGAUGACCGUGAAGAGGGCCGAAGGAUCGCGAGGGCCAUGAUUGCGCAUGAUGAAGGUGGACUGUGGGGCUAG